UUUCAUAGAACUCUUCUCAAUAUCAACGGUCCUGCCCAUUUGAUCUUACAAGAACUAGAAUAAAAGAAGAACAAACAUGAACACCAGAGAAGUUUUUGUUUGAUGAAUCUGUGGAUCUACUGCUUCUUAGAUCUCCAUCGUUUUCAUUUGGUAGCAUUCAGUAGCUGUCCGAACUGAUCAAUAACCUAAUUGCAGAUUCAUCGAGAUAGUUGACCGAAAUAUGCAAUUACAGGAGGCGGUUAUCAGAUUGAGGAGUUUUGCUGCUUUGAAUUCUUGAUGAACUUUCUGAGGGCUUGCUGGCUGCCGUCCUCGGACAAUAUCGUACACAGCGGUUCGGAUUCAGCAGGUCGUCGUGAAGGCUUACUAUGGUACAAGGAUAUUGGACAGCACAUGAAUGGUGAAUUUUCAAUGGCUGUUGUCCAGGCUAAUAACUUGCUUGAGGAUCAAAGCCAGAUCGAAUCAGGUUCAUUGAGCUUGGUUGAAUCCGGGCCAUAUGGAACCUUUAUUGGUGUUUAUGACGGUCAUGGUGGACCUGAAGCAUCAAAUUACAUAUAUGAUAAUCUUUUCCAGCAUCUAAAAAGGUUCACCUCAGAACAACAAUCAAUGUCAUCUGAUGUGAUAAAGAAAGCAUUUCAAGCUACAGAGGAAGGGUUCAUUUCUUUAGUGACUAAACAAUGGCAAAUGAAGCCCCAAAUUGCAGCUGUUGCUUCAUGUUGCCUGGUUGGUGUGAUCUGUGGUGGCACCCUUUACAUAGCCAACCUUGGCGAUUCCCGUGCCGUGCUUGGAAGGGUCAUGCGUGCAACGGAGGAGGUUAUCGCCGUGCAGCUAUCAGCUGAGCAUAAUGUGAGCAUAGAAUCUGUCAGAAGGGAGAUGCAUUCUCUGCACCCAGAUGACUCGCAUAUAGUAGUUUUGAAGCAUAAUGUAUGGCGAGUAAAGGGCUUAAUACAGGUUUCCAGAUCUAUCGGUGAUGCAUAUUUAAAGAGGGCGGAAUUCAACAGGGAACCCUUGUAUGCUAAGUUUAGGCUUCGUGAACCAUUUACUCGACCGAUACUGAGCUGUGAACCAUCAAUUUCGGUGCAUGAACUUCAACCACAUGAUCAAUUCAUUAUAUUUGCCUCUGAUGGCAUGUGGGAGCACAUUAGCAAUCAGCAAGCUGUAGAUAUUAUUCGAAAUCACCCCCAUAAUGGAAGUGCUAAGAGGUUGGUAAAAGCUGCUAUGCUGGAAGCAGCUAAGAAACGAGAAAUGCGAUAUUCAGAUUUGAAGGAAAUUGAUCGUGGUGUACGCCGCCAUUUUCACGACGACAUCACUGUCAUAGUUGUAUUUCUCGACUCUAAUCUUGUAAGCAGAGCGAGCACGGUCCGAGGUCCAACCAUGUCUUUGAGAGGGCGCGGGGUUAUCAUACCUACAAAAUCUCUAGCUCCUUGUGCCACACCUACAGAGCUUCACACAAUCUGAUGAAGCGGUCUGACUCUCCUUCUAGCUGUUAUGUAUGUACCGUCUCGUGCUCGGUCUUCAGAAUUGCCAUGGCCCCAUCAGCAAUGAAUAUCAAGUAUAAGUUAACACAAGAAAGAAGGUUUGCAUACUUUCACAUUUAACAUGGCAUGUACUCUUUGUAGUUCCUAACAAUUUGAGCAGAAGUAAAGGAAGAACUGGAAAAGCUUCUAUUCCUGAAAACUGAACUUUCUGCACUACAAACUUGCUGAUUCUGACUGAGCUCAACUAUUCAGAAAAACGAAGAACGAAACCAAUCCGAACCUGUCUCGGGCUAUCUUAUGCAUGUUUGUGACAGAAUCAGUUCUUAUUUUGUUCAUCAUUUGCAGCCACGGAUAGCUGCUGUUCGAUACUGGGAUCGAUGUCAAUGGAAAUACUAUUAAUCUCGAGGCACUUUAAGCUGACACUCUCAAACUCAACGGUAUCCAUCCCCACACGAAACUUCCCAAAUUUGAUACCUUCAAUGCUCACCAGGCUCUCAGAAUGUUCAAACUCCAUGGAUUGCUGCCUGAGGAGCUUCCUGGUGCUGAAGUUGUCAGCUUCAUGAAGAGCUUCCUGUAGCUCGAGGCAUACCCGAGCCAUGGUUGGGCGGUACUUAGGCUGAUGUGAAGUGCAUUUCAGGCCAAGUUGCCCCAUCUUUAGCAUCACUUCCAUGUUGCAUGGCUCGGAAAUAAGAUUUACAUCCAAAAUCUCUUCAACACUGCCCGUUUCUAAGCUCGGUCUUGCCUGCAAUUCCAGAUAGAAGGUUAGACGAAAAUUGAGACUUGAAACGAUGUGAGAAAUGAAAAAGUUCGACAAAUAUUUUAUAUA